ACUCCCACAGGGUAGUGGAGCGUGUCGAACCUUUCCCAGCGUGCCCAUUAAGUUCAAAGCAUCUAGCUAGAUAUAUACACCCAAAAGAAUUUAGCUUUAUUGGUGUGAAUUCAGUAAGGUGUGAUACAACUUGGACCUGAAGCUCCUACCUACUCUUGUCGUUUGAACCAAACCAAUUCUAGAGUAUAAUUGUAUAUAAAGGGCAGAUGCGUAGCCAAAUCACUUCAUACGUACUCAAAUUCAAAGAAAUUUGUGGUUGCAAUCUACGUUCAGAGGUUGUGUCCGCUCAGUUUCAUACUACCAAUGGCUGCCAUGACAACUCAUGAAGCCUUCUCAUCGCCAUCCUCAAGACGCUGGAGGUACGAUGUGUUCUUGAGCUUUAGAGGUAUAGACACUCGCAACAACUUCACUGGCCACCUCUACGAAAGAUUGAAAGAGGCCGGAAUCAAGGCCUUCAUCGAUGAUAGCGAGCUAGGGAGGGGGAAAGCUAUAACAGAGGAACUGAUAAAAGCAAUUGAAGCCUCUAAGAUCUCGGUGGUCGUAUUUUCAAGAAGAUAUGGAGAUUCUAGAUGGUGUCUCGAGGAGCUGGUGGAGAUCAUGGGGUGCAGAAAAAGACUGGGGCAAACGGUCUUGCCAAUAUUUUACGAUGUUGAUCCUACGGAUGUCAGGAAACAGACAGGUACUUUUGGAGAGGCAUUUGAUCAGAAGCAUCAAGAUAAAGAUCCAACAAAGGUAAAGAGUUGGAGACAUGCCCUUACAGAAGCUGCAAAUUUAUCAGGAUGGGAUCUUAGAAACACUGCUGAUGGGAAUGAACCGAAGUUUAUCAAAAUGAUUGUUGAAAAUAUUAUUGGAGAGCUUCCUAGCACAUGUCUGUUAUCCGUAGCCCGUCAUCCAGUUGGAUUGAAUGCUCGUUUGAAAUAUUUGACUCAUCAUUUACGUGUUGAAUCAAGAGAUGAUAUCUGCAUGAUAGGAAUACUGGGGAUGGGUGGAGUAGGCAAAACAACACUUGCCAAGGCCAUUUAUAACAAAUUUUAUAAUGACUUUCAAGGUAAAGUUAGCUUCCUUGAAAAUGUGAGAGAAACAGCAAAGCAACAGAAGGGUCUGGUUGGUUUGCAGAAUCAACUUCUUGCUGAUACCUUGAAACCAACCAAGCCAGAGGUAGGCAGUGUUGCUAGAGGGAAGGAAAUUAUAAAACAAAGCCUUCAAUGCAUAAGAGUUCUUAUUGUACUAGAUGAUAUUGAUGAAGAGAAUCAACUGGAUGCAUUAGCCGGAAACUGUGAUUGGUUUGGUCCUGGAAGUAGAAUUGUCAUAAUAUCAAGAGAUGCACACAUGCUAAAGCGAGUGACAAAAGAUUCAUUAUAUCUUAUUCAGCCAAUGCACAAAGAAGAAGCUCUUGAGCUCUUCAGUUGGCAUGCCUUUGGAAGUAGUUAUCCUAAGAAAGGAUAUCAUGAACUCUCAGAAAGUGUAGUUACUUGCUGUGGAUGUUUGCCCCUGGCUCUUGAAGUUAUAGGUUCUUUUCUAUUUGGUAAAGAUGAAACAGAGUGGAAAUGCGAAUUGGAAAAAUUGAAAAGAAUUCCCGAUGACAAAAUUAUGCAAAAGCUCAGAGUAAGCUAUGACGGACUCAGUUAUAGUCAUAGAGAGAGGGAUAUAUUCCUUGAUAUAGCCUGUUUCUUUGUCGGAAUGGACCUCAACUACGUCACACAAAUAUUAGAUGGUUGUGACUUCAUUGCAGCAAGAGGAAUCAGAGUCCUCCUUGAUCGGUGCCUUAUAACUCGUAGUGAUGAGAACAAGCUGAUGAUGCAUGAUUGCCUUCGGGACAUGGGAAGAGAAAUCGUCCGUGAAAAUUUCCUUGAUGAGCCUGAAAAGCGCAGUAGAUUGUGGCAUCCCAAAGAUGUAGAAGAAGUAUUGACAGAAACCUCAGCUACUGAAAAAAUUGAAGGACUGAGUACUCUAAAUUUGGUAAAUUCUGAAGUACAGAAGAGUUUCAGUACAGAGGCAUUUACAAACAUGAAAAGAUUGAGAUUACUUCAACUUGACUAUGUCAAUCUCACAGGAGACUACAAAAAUCUUACUAAGAAAAAGCUAAGAUGGCUUUGCUGGCAUGGAUUCCCUCUAGUGGUCAUACCAAGAGAAUUUGAUCUACAAAGCCUAGUUAUUUUGGACCUACGCUAUAGCAAGCUGACGCAAGUUUGGAAUGACCACCCUCAGUACUUUCUUGAGAAGUUGAAGAUUCUCAAUCUCAGUCAUUCACAUGAUCUAAUGCAAUCACCAGACUUUUCAAGGCUACCAAAUCUUGAGCAAUUGAUCCUCAAAGACUGCAAGAGUUUAUGUGAGGUUCAUCAGUCUAUUGGUGAUCUUCAACGACUUUCUUUGGUAGAUCUUGAAGAUUGCAAAAUGCUCAAGUGUCUCCCAAUGAGUUUUCAUAAACUGAAAUCUACUCUUAAAGAUCUUAAUAUUUCUGGAACAAACUUGGCUGGGAGCUUUUUGGAGAUGGUUUCAUCAAGACCUUCUGCUGCAGAUGAGAUUGCUAUCAGACCAUCAUUUUAUGAGUUAAGAGAAUUAAAUCUUGCCUACUGCAAUUUAACUGAUGAUUCAAUCUUUGUAAAUUUUGGGGGCUUAAAUUUAGAUACCUUAAAUCUUGACGGGAAUGGUUUCCGUAGCCUUAAAAACCUCAGUGGCCUCAAGGUUGAAAUGCUGUGUUUGAGUAACUGCAAAAACCUUCGUUCAAUCACAGAUUUACCGACAACUUUGAUCGACUUAUAUCUGCAUGGCUGCACUUCAUUGGAGAUGGUACCAGAAUUUUCAGAUGAAUUCUCACUGGGUAGACUAAGUAUUUGGGAUUGCCGCAAGCUCAUUAACUUUUCAGGCUUGGUUGACUGGGUACAGGUUUUGGUAGAUAUUGCAAUGGCCGGCAACUUUAACAAUAUCUCUUUUCCUCUUAAGAAGGCCAUCCUAGAGGAAUGGAGACCGAUUUCAGGUACCGGCAUUUCUUUUCCUGGAAAUAAGAUUCCUUCGUGGUGUUCUCCUCAUAGAGGUCGCAGAGUCAACUUUGAAAUGCCAUUUGGAAGGGACGUAGCGUUUUGUGUGUGCUUUGUUUAUUCUCACUCUCUAGGCGGGUUUGACUAUGAUGAGUCUAGGAUUGGGUUUGUGGUUGUAAAUCAUACUAGGCGCACAGGUUUUUUUGUCCACCAAGAGUAUUUUCAGACAACAAAUUCCUCUAAAAAGUAUCUUUUCAUACGCAAUAUGUUGCUGCAGAAUGGAUUAAAUUUGGAAGGUGGUGACUCUAUAAGCCUUCGAGUAGUACUGGGACAUUAUUUUAAGGUUCAUCAAAUAGGAGUUAAACUAAAAAAGGAUGAUAUGGGUUUGACUUGCUUCGCAGGAGAAGAAACAAAAUCUAUCCCAUUCGGGGAGGCAUUAGAUCUUCUUGGUGAUGAUGAUACUGAUGACAUCGUUGAUGAUGAUACUAGUGACAGUGUUGUUGAUGAUACUGAUGACAACGUUGACAAUGAUACUGAUGACAGCGUUGACAAUGAUACUGAUGACAGUGUUGAUGAGGCAGGAGCAAGCUACAUCCCAUUUGAUGCUGAUAAUGGAACUGUUGGUGAUUAUGGUGAAGAUGAUGAGGGAGGAGGAAGACGUGAUCCAUUGGAUGAGGAUCGACCUACCAAGAGAUUGAGGAGGUUUGAUCUUAGUAUUGGAACAACAAGUAAGGAUGAACAAGUAGCAGCGGAACAUGUUCCUUCCCUGGAAAACACAUGCACUUGUCUAUGCUUGAAUUCUCAACUCAACCAUUUAUGUGUUUAAAGAUAUAAGAGCGUAAGAUUGAAUUCUGCUACUUGUUGGAGAUUAUGGUGAAGACAGUUGCUAAUCCAAGAACUGCAAUCUGAGAAUAGGGAGUUGCCAAGACAGUUGAUACUAUCACAACAGCCAAAUCAGAUUAUUGUUAAAAGAAAUUUUUUGAAACGGUUUCUUCCGGCAGAAGCUCAGAUGAUGAAUCAAGGACCUGACGAGUUUUAGGUGAUGGAGAAACAGAGAGAGAGGAAGAACUUGGGGACGCUCUGAUCGAAAUUCCAGGUUGUGCGACAGAGGUGCCAGCUCUUGUGCACAAUGGAAAGAUACAAGAAUGUACUAGCAGCUGCUCUUUAUGUGCGAAAGUGGAUUGUGCUAGCAGCAGCCUUUCAAUUGCUGAUGAAGGUACUUUUGUAUACUAGGAAGUCUGAAAAUCUGAAAGAUUGGAGAAAGAGGUUCCAUUGAGUAACGCUUUGAUUUGGGAAGAUAGUGAUAAGAGGAAAAUGAAAAAUGUAAUGAGAAGCAAGGCAAGAAGCAGCUCCUUAUUUGAGAAAUAGUUGAGAAUUCUGACUGUUGUAUAAAUAGU